UCUGAUUUUUUUUAAAUUUUUUUGAUAAUAAUAAUAAUAAUCCCCCCCUCCCUCGAGCUGUCCCGAGCCGGUGCCCCGUUUUUUGGGGGAGCAUGGAUACGCACACGCGGUGGAAAAGGCGCAGUUGGAUACGGAGCUGCUCGGUGCCCGCUGCGCUGGUGCUGUUGGGUGCUCUGUCCCUCGGCCGGGCAGCCGAGCCUGCGGACCUCUUGAAGGUGUUAGAUUUUCAUAAUUUACCUGACGGCAUCACAAAAACCACGGGGUUUUGCACAAGCAGAAGAUCUUCAAAAGAAGCAGAUGUUGCUUACAGAGUAACAAAAGAUGCUCAGCUCAGUGCCCCGACAAAGCAGCUGUAUCCUGCUUCCCCCUUCCCAGAGGACUUCUCCAUUCUAACCACUGUAAAAGCGAAGAAAGGAGGUCAGUCCUUCUUGAUCUCAAUUUACAAUGAGCAAGGGAUCCAGCAAAUUGGUGUGGAGUUGGGUAGAUCUCCUGUAUUCCUGUAUGAAGACCAUACAGGAAAGCCAGGCCCAGAAGACUAUCCUCUCUUUAGAGGCAUUAACCUAGCAGAUGGCAAGUGGCACCGAGUGGCUCUGAGCGUGCAGAAGAAAAACGUCACCUUGGUGCUGGACUGUAAAAAGAAAAUCACCAAGUUCCUGGACCGGAGCGAGCACCCCAUCAUCGACGUCAACGGCAUCAUCGUCUUCGGCACCAGGAUAUUGGAUGAGGAGGUCUUUGAGGGUGACAUCCAGCAGCUCCUGAUCGUGGCGGACCCGCGGGCAGCCCUGGAGUACUGUGAACACUACAGCCCCGACUGUGACACCGCCAUCCCCGACUCCCCCCAGUCCCAGGACCCCAACCCCGAUGAAUACUACACGGACGGGGAGGGAGAAGGUGACACCUACUACUACGAGUACCCCUACUACGAGGACGUGGACGAAGCUGUCAAACCAGAAACCCCCACCACCAAACCCAGCCCUCCUGCAGUGGCUGCUGGAGAGAAACCCGAAACCAAGCAGGAUUAUCCAGCUCCCACAGCACCCCCGGAGAGAGGGAACCCCGGGAAGCAGCCCAAGGAGGAUGGAGCGGUGGAUGAUCCCCUGGUCGAUGAGUACAACUACGAGACCAUCAACGAGGAGUAUUUUACCCCAAUGCCCUACGAAGAUCUCAACUACAACGAGGAAAUCGAUCCCCAGGGCGGCCUCACGGAAAAUGCAGUGGAAGCUGAGCUCCCCACCAGCACUGUCGUCACCUACAAUGAGACUGAUGCUGCUCAAGGAGGGGAUGACCUGGAUAAAGAUUUCACUGAGGAAACCAUAAAGGAAUACGAUGGGAAUUAUUAUGACAAUUAUUACGACCGCACAGCCUCUCCCGACAUCGGCCCCGGCAUGCCGGCCAACCAGGACACCAUCUACGAGGGGAUCGGCGGCCCCCGGGGCGAGAAGGGGCAGAAGGGGGAGCCUGCCAUUAUUGAGCCGGGCAUGCUGGUGGAAGGUCCCCCCGGUCCCGAAGGCCCAGCAGGCCUUCCAGGACCUCCAGGACCAACUGGACCUGUGGGAUUAAUGGGUGACCCGGGGGAGAGGGGCCCACCUGGACGCCCAGGUCUCCCAGGAGCAGACGGAUUGCCAGGACCACCAGGGACAAUGCUUAUGUUGCCUUUCCGCUUCAGCGGAGGAGGCGACGCUGGCUCCAAGGGACCCAUGGUGUCAGCCCAGGAGGCACAAGCCCAGGCGAUCCUGCAGCAGGCCAGGCUGGCGCUGAGGGGACCGGCGGGGCCCAUGGGACUGACGGGGCGGCCGGGCCCCAUGGGACCCCCGGGCAGCGGAGGACUGAAGGGAGAGGCUGGAGAAAUGGGACCUCAGGGUCCACGAGGCAUCCAGGGUCCUCCCGGUCCGGCAGGAAAGCCAGGCCGCAGGGGACGAGCUGGCAGCGACGGUGCCCGGGGAAUGCCAGGCCAGACAGGACCAAAGGGUGACCGAGGCUUUGAUGGCUUGGCUGGUUUGCCCGGUGAGAAGGGAAACAGGGGUGAGCCAGGCCCCCACGGCCCCCCAGGGGCUCCUGGAGAGGAUGGGGAGAGGGGAGAUGAUGGAGAAGUUGGGCCCAGAGGUCUCCCUGGAGAACCUGGACCCCGAGGACUGCUGGGCCCCAAGGGACCCCCAGGACCCCCGGGGCCACCGGGUGUGGCUGGCAUGGAUGGACAAACAGGUCCCAAAGGGAAUGUGGGCCCUCAGGGCGAGCCAGGGCCCCCAGGACAGCAGGGGAACCCAGGGGCUCAGGGUCUUCCAGGUCCACAAGGCGCCAUCGGUCCCCCUGGAGAGAAAGGCCCGCUGGGCAAACCCGGUCUCCCUGGCAUGCCUGGUGCCGACGGGCCUCCGGGUCAUCCUGGCAAGGAAGGUCCUCCUGGAGAGAAGGGGAGUCAGGGUCCCCCAGGUCCUCAGGGCCCCAUUGGUUAUCCAGGACCGCGUGGAGUCAAGGGAGCAGAUGGAGUUCGUGGGUUGAAGGGCACCAAGGGGGAGAAGGGUGAAGAUGGUUUCCCCGGCUUCAAAGGCGACAUGGGCAUCAAAGGAGAUCGGGGGGAAAUUGGCCCCCCUGGCCCUCGGGGCGAGGAUGGGCCCGAAGGUCCCAAAGGUCGCUCUGGCCCCAAUGGAGAUCCCGGUCCUCUUGGGCCUGCUGGAGAGAAGGGAAAACUCGGAGUGCCAGGAUUGCCUGGGUACCCGGGCAGGCAGGGCCCGAAGGGCUCCAUCGGCUUCCCAGGAUUCCCAGGAGCCAACGGAGAGAAGGGCACACGGGGCACUCCUGGCAAACCAGGUCCGAGGGGGCAGCGUGGGCCCACGGGUCCACGUGGGGAAAGAGGCCCCAGGGGAAGCACUGGAAAACCUGGCCCGAAGGGCAACUCUGGUGGUGACGGCCCCCCUGGUCCUCCUGGAGAAAGGGGACCGCCAGGGCCCCAAGGACCGACUGGAUUUCCUGGACCAAAAGGCCCCCCUGGUCCUCCUGGGAAGGAUGGAUUGCCCGGGCACCCUGGACAGAGAGGAGAAACUGGUUUCCAAGGCAAGACUGGCCCUCCAGGCCCCCCUGGUGUCGUCGGCCCUCAGGGUCCAACUGGUGAGACCGGGCCCAUGGGCGAGCGGGGCCACCCGGGCCCCCCGGGACCCCCAGGUGAACAGGGCCUUCCUGGCCUCACUGGAAAAGAAGGCACCAAGGGGGAUCCUGGUCCUGCUGGCCUCCCUGGGAAGGACGGUCCCCCCGGACUGAGAGGAUUCCCUGGAGAACGUGGCCUCCCCGGCCCCAUUGGUUCUCCGGGGCUGAAAGGCAACGAAGGUCCCCCAGGCCCUCCAGGCCCAGCCGGCUCUCCUGGGGAGCGUGGCCCUGCGGGAUCAGCUGGCCCCAUAGGAUUGCCAGGGAGACCUGGCCCCCAGGGACCUCCAGGACCUGCAGGGGAAAAGGGAGCUCCAGGGGAGAAGGGUCCCCAGGGACCGGCUGGCCGGGAUGGCAUCCAGGGCCCCGUGGGACUGCCGGGCCCAGCGGGUCCUGUGGGACCUCCUGGAGAGGAUGGAGACAAGGGUGAGAUCGGGGAGCCUGGACAGAAGGGCAGCAAAGGUGACAAGGGGGAGCAGGGUCCCCCAGGCCCCACCGGUCCCCAGGGUCCGAUCGGUCAGCCUGGCCCAGCUGGAGCCGAUGGAGAGCCCGGGCCCCGAGGACAGCAGGGCCUCUUCGGUCAGAAGGGUGACGAAGGACCCCGAGGUUUCCCCGGUCCCCCCGGCCCCGUGGGCUUGCAGGGCCUGCCCGGACCACCUGGGGAGAAGGGAGAGACAGGUGACGUUGGGCAGAUGGGUCCGCCAGGCCCGCCAGGACCCAGAGGUCCCUCCGGGCCACCGGGAGCAGACGGUCCACAGGGUCCUCCUGGAGGAAUAGGAAAUCCUGGUGCAGUUGGAGAGAAGGGCGAACCUGGGGAAUCUGGUGAGCCUGGUCUCCCUGGCGAGGUUGGACUGCCGGGCCCUAAAGGCGAAAGAGGUGAAAAGGGGGAAGCAGGUCCCUCUGGUGCUGCUGGUCCCCCUGGCCCCAAAGGUCCACCAGGUGAUGAUGGCCCCAAAGGCAGCCCUGGUCCAGUUGGUUUCCCUGGUGACCCUGGUCCUCCUGGAGAGCCUGGCCCAGCUGGUCAAGAUGGUCCCCCUGGUGACAAAGGUGAUGAUGGCGAACCCGGACAGACUGGUUCCCCUGGGCCCACGGGAGAGCCAGGCCCCUCCGGACCCCCCGGAAAAAGGGGCCCUCCUGGUCCAGCUGGUCCCGAAGGAAGACAAGGAGAGAAAGGAGCCAAGGGGGAAGCUGGUUUGGAAGGACCUCCUGGGAAGACUGGCCCCAUUGGUCCCCAGGGUGCUCCAGGGAAGCCUGGCCCCGAUGGCCUUCGUGGGAUUCCUGGUCCAGUCGGUGAACAAGGUCUCCCGGGAUCUCCUGGCCCAGAUGGUCCUCCAGGCCCAAUGGGCCCUCCUGGUUUGCCUGGUCUGAAAGGAGACUCUGGUCCUAAAGGGGAGAAGGGUCACCCAGGUUUAAUUGGCCUUAUUGGGCCUCCCGGAGAGCAGGGAGAAAAGGGUGACAGAGGUCUCCCAGGCCCCCAGGGCUCAGCAGGACCCAAAGGAGAGCAGGGUAUCACAGGUCCCUCUGGACCCAUCGGGCCUCCAGGACCCCCAGGAUUACCGGGUCCACCUGGUCCCAAAGGUGCUAAAGGCUCAUCAGGUCCCACAGGUCCAAAGGGUGAAUCAGGUCUUCCUGGACCCCCAGGGCCUCCUGGUCCUCCUGGAGAAGUCAUCCAGCCCCUGCCCAUCCAGGCUGCCAAGAGGACCAGGAGGAACAUCGAUGCCAGCCAGCUGCUGGACGACGGGAACGCCGACAACUACAUGGACUAUGCCGACGGCAUGGAGGAGAUUUUCGGCUCCCUGAAUUCCCUGAAACUGGAAAUCGAGCAGAUGAAGCAUCCCUUGGGCACUCAGCACAACCCAGCACGCACCUGCAAGGACCUGCAGCUGUGCCACCCUGAUUUCCCAGAUGGUGAAUACUGGGUUGAUCCCAACCAGGGGUGUUCCAGGGACUCUUUCAAAGUUUACUGUAAUUUCACGGCCGGUGGAGAGACCUGCAUCUUCCCUGACAAGAAAUCGGAAGGAAGUAAAAUGGCUCGUUGGCCCAAAGAGCAGCCUUCCACAUGGUAUAGUCAGUACAAGCGCGGGUCCUUGCUCUCCUACGUGGACUCUGACGGGAACCCCAUCGGCGUGGUGCAGAUGACUUUCCUGCGCCUCCUGAGCGCCUCGGCCCGCCAGAACAUCACCUACAACUGCUACCAGUCGGUGGCCUGGCACGAUGCCACCACCAACAGCUACGACAAGGCCAUCCGCUUCCUGGGCUCCAACGACGAGGAGAUGUCCUACGACAACAACCCCUACAUCCGAGCUGCCCUCGACGGCUGCGCGGCAAGGAAGGGCUACCAGAAAACCAUCCUGGAAAUCAACACCCCCAAAGUGGAGCAGGUCCCCAUAGUCGACAUCAUGUUCAAUGACUUCGGAGAAGCGGCACAGAAAUUUGGAUUCGAGGUGGGACCAGCUUGCUUCCUGGGCUAAAAGAGCCACCUGAACCUAGUCUCCAAAUGAGCAACCUCGUAACCUCAUUGCGCCAUUUAAUUAAAAACAAAAAAAGAGAAAAAAGAUUUUAAAAAAGAGAAAAAAAAGAAUUCCUCGUCACGUGCGCCGUCUGAAACUGGACAAGCGAUGGGUUAUUAUUUUGGUUUGGUUUUUUUUGUUGUUUUUUUUUUUUUGGCCCCCUCCCCUCCUAUUUUUGUUGUGUCCCUGGUUUGGCCCCAGCCCCUCUGCGCCCCCUCAGCCAUCCCCAGGAUGGAAAUGGAAUCUCAUGACCGACAGCCACACACGGAGACCUGGCCCUGUCCCUGCUGCCACCGCUGCUGCCCCGCGGCCACCGAGCUGAGCCCACCUCCAGCAAACUCCUCCUUCCUCCUCCUCCUCCUCUUCUUCUCGCCAGGAAGCGUUUGCUUGUUCCUAAGGAAAGAGAAAAAAAAAAAAAAAAAAAAGGAAAAAAAAACUUGAAAUUCCUCGUGUCCAGCUCGAUGUUGAAGUCCCGGCAGUCCUGGAUCCGAAGCUCCUCGGAGGGGUUUUGUUGCCUUCCACGAGGUUUGGAUCAGCUCCAGCCAGGAGAUGCCAAUUCUAGAAUUUUCCCAUGUUUCCUCCACUGAGUUUGCCUCAUUCCACGUUUUCCAAAGUGCUGACUCAAGGUCACACCGGGCAUCUCUUUGCCGUUGUCUUAAAGGUGCUUCUAUUUUUGUGUGUUUGUGAGUAAAUAUUUGUGUCGUGUUUUAUUUGAAACGUGGGAAUGUCUCCGCCUUCAAACCGCACGAGUGACCUUUGUCUGUAUUAAAGCCACCCCGUCCCAGCCAAGCUUCCAGCUGGGAGUGAAGACAGCAGCUCCUGUCCCCAACUUCUGCCUCUUCCCAGCCCCGAACUGGGAUCUGGAGACCUUGGAAUUUCCGCCGGGAUGAGGUGCAAACCAGCCCACUGAGGCACACGUGCCUUUUGGAAUGAUUCCUUUCAAAACCAGCGAAUCAAAGCCGCUUUUUAAACGAAUUUCCUACAAAUCCCCUGAUCUAAAAGCAGGAUCUGCGUUCAGUCUCUGCCUUUUCAUCCACUCGCUUAACACUCGAAUUUAAAUUAAUUCUUUUUUUUUUUUUCCUUUCGGCAUGCCUUUAAAUUGAUAAGAGUUAAACCUGAAUCCAUUCCCAGUGGCAGAUUCCAGUGGCAGGGGGAAUCCAUUUGUCCUCUCUGAAUAUCAAGAAUUUAAAAAAAAAAAAAAAAAAAAAAAAGGUGCUUUUUAUAGUUAUUUUUACAUAUCUAUGUGGUGCUAUCUGAUAACUUUAACACAACACUGGGGAUACCCUGCCACUGGCCAAUCUCCCACUUGGCUUUUUAGGCACUUUCAGGCAGAUUUUGGCUGCUGAUAAAUGCAUGGCACCUUCUUAUCUCUUCUGUCCAAAUCCUGCUCCUCUCCUUCCUUGGAUGGACCUGUGUUGGAAAAAAAACAAACCCAAAGGCAUUAAAUGUCCUUACAAAUUUUUUUUUUUUUUUUAAAUUCUUUUUUUUUUGUUUUCCCAAGGAUAUCUGUGCCUUUUCCCGGUGGGAAGCAGAGCAGAUUGUCCUCAGUGGCUGAACGUUUGUGGUGCUAACUUAUGUAGAUGUUGGGUGUCCUGAAGCCGUGGCGGUGCUGCCCGCCCAGCAAUCCCGGGAAUUUGCCAUUUCCCUUCUCGCUUUUUUUAUCCCUUCCACGGCUCUCACAACCCUCUUCUUUCACCAUUUAUUUUUCCUCCUUGCCCGUUUUCCUUCUUCAGGCCUCACAGCUGGAAAAUAACCGCUGCAAGGUGGGGGGUUUCUUUUUAAAUUAUUAUUAUUAUUAUUAUUAUUAUUCUUUGGCCCGGAGCGUUCAGCUCAAGGGGGAUUUUUUUUUUUUUUUUUCCCCCACCACGAAGGAAAAGACAUCACGUUUACUGUGAAAAAAAAAAAAAAAAAAAAGCCUGUGUAUGAUGUCUUUUCCCCCCUCCUGCCCAAACUGAGAGCAGCAGCAUCCCAGGAAGGGAGGCAGAGCCGCGCUGCCGGGAGCGGCGAUGCCCGCGGUGCUUUUGGAGGCCUGGAGGAGCCGUGUCCAUCCCUCUCCCCUCUCCUCCCGUGCUCUCACCCACUUAAGGGAAUUAAAAAAGAAAAAUAAAAACCCAAAAGGUGCUACCCGAAAACCCGCAGACUCCGGCAGCAGAGCAGUGAAAAGGAAUUUAGGAUAAUAAGUGAGGAAUUCAGCUUCUCCGUCACCUUGGCAACAGCGGGAGGGGCAGGAAAGGUUGCACAUCCCAGCAAAGCCAUAUCCUGAUAUUUGUCCGCUCCUGUGUGUCUGCCCAGGUCAUGGGAUUCUGUUCUCAAUUGUUCUCAAUUUUCUCAUCAAGGGAGCUUCUUUUUUUUUUUUUUUUUUUUUUUUUUUUUGGGACCCCUUUUGAUUUCUCUGCUUGAAGAAGAAAAAAAAAAAAAAAAAAAAAAAAGAAAAGAAAAAAGGAAAGAAAAAUAAUAAUGAAAAAAAUUCCUCUGUUGAAUUCCACAGCGUUGUAAUUGUACUGAGCUCCAAACUGUUCCGUUCCCUCCCCUCCCCAGACCACUUAGCUACGGUAUAUUGCAAUAAAAUUACUACUUGUAUUUGCAGACCUUCUUUUUGUGUAAUUUUAUUUCCCUCCUCCCCUUAAUAUAUAUUGACUUGAACAAAUGUUGAUAAGAAAAAUAAAACCUAUGAAAAAAAAAAAAAACAACAAACAACUUUUAGUACAUAAAGGCCCUUUUAAAAAUGCCAUAUUGUACAUUUCUUCAAAGUCCAAUAAACAUGUCAUAAAAUUUAAGUGUAAUGCCCAUAAGAGCUAUUUUUAAAUAUUUUAAACCUGUGUAAUAAAGGAAUAAAUGUAAUAGAUUUUUUUUUUUUCAAUAAAUCAAGUUUACUGUU